CGUUCAGACGUCUUUCGAGUUUGGAAGGGUGCUACACGCAUCUUUGGAAAAUGUCAGAUUGCGGGGAGGACUGCAGCUAACAUUGGCUUUUUCUGUUGGGAGGAAGCCAUCAUCUCUGCAAGCUGUUGUUCUCGUAAGACCUGCGGAGGUCUCCAAAAAGCGGUGGGAGUUCCCGUGUGCUGCGAAAGUGGUUGGUCACUUUGUAAAAGGUCUGAAAAAUGGGGGAGGAGAAUAAAACUGACAUCUACUCAGUAGAAAUCCACGGAGCAGAAGAUGCAGUGACACCACCUAAUGAUGAAAAGAAAAACAAGUAUAGAAACCUGAAAAAAAAGCUACAAAAGAAGAAAGACAAGAAAGAUGAUAACCUCAAGCAAGAACUUGAGAUUGAUGAUCACAAGCUAAGCCUUGCUGAACUGGAAGAAAAAUAUGGAACUGAUCUCAAGAGUGGUCUCACAAGCACAAAAGCAGCAGAGAUUCUGGCACGUGAUGGGCCCAACAGAUUGACUCCACCCAAAGGAACCCCUGAGAUAAUCAAGUUCCUCAGACAGAUGGUUGGGGGGUUCUCACUCCUUCUGUGGGCAGGUGCAAUCCUGUGCUGGAUUGCCUAUAUAAUACAAUAUGCUCAGGACAAUACAGUUGCGAGGGAUAAUUUGUACCUGGGUAUAGUACUAGCAGGUGUUGUCAUUCUUACUGGGUGCUUUGCCUACUUCCAGGAAGCAAGAAGUACAAAUAUUAUGGCUAGUUUCAACAACAUGGUCCCACAGCAAGCUCUUGUGAUCCGAGAUGGAGAGAAGAAAGAGAUUCCAGCAGAUCAGCUAGUAACCGGUGAUAUAGUGGAAAUAAAGGGAGGUGACCGUUGUCCUGCAGAUCUCAGAAUUCUGUCUUCUCAAGGUUGUAAGGUGGAUAAUUCUUGUCUCACUGGUGAAUCUGAACCUCAAAGUCGGUCCAAUGAAUUUACACAUGAUAAUCCCUUGGAGACUAAAAAUAUUGCUUUCUACUCUACAACCUGUUUGGAAGGUAUUGCCACAGCAAUAGUAAUUAACACCGGAGACCAGACUGUCAUUGGAAGAAUCGCAUCUCUUGCAUCUGGAGUUAGUAAUGAGAAAACCCCAAUCGCUAUUGAAAUUGAGCACUUUGUCCACAUUGUGGCUGGCUUUGCUAUAUCUGUUGGAAUACUAUUUUUCAUCAUCGCUGUCUCGAUUGGCUAUCGCAUACUGGAUUCCAUCAUUUUUCUUAUUGGUAUAAUCGUUGCCAACGUGCCUGAAGGUUUACUUGCAACAGUUACUGUGUGCCUCUCACUGACAGCCAAGAGAAUGGCCAAAAAGAACUGCCUCGUGAAAAACUUGGAAGCCGUGGAGACACUGGGUUCUACCUCAAUUAUUUGUUCUGACAAAACAGGAACACUCACCCAAAACCGUAUGACCGUCGCACAUUUAUGGUUUGAUCAAGAGAUCCAUGCUGCAGACACCAGUGAGAAUCAGGAGGAUCAAUCAUUUGAUCAGAGUUCAGGAACAUGGAUCGCCUUGUCUAGAAUUGUAGCACUCUGUAAUAGAGCUGAGUUCAAACCUGGACAAGAAGAUCUUCCAAUUAUGAGGCGUAUAGUAGUAGGAGAUGCUUCUGAAACUGCGCUGCUGAAAUUCGCUGAGGUUAUUCUUGGCGAUGUCAUGGGCAUCAGGAGUAGGAACCGUAAAAUCGUGGAAGUCCCUUUCAAUUCAACUAACAAAUACCAGCUUUCCAUUCAUGAUACUGAAGAUACCAAUGAUAAACGCUUCUUGCUGGUAAUGAAAGGAGCCCCUGAAAGGAUUCUUGAUCGCUGCAGCACCAUUAUGAUUGGUGGAAAGGAGAGACCACUUGAUGACGAAAUGAAAGAAAGCUUUCAGACUGCCUAUAUGCAGCUAGGAAGUCUGGGAGAGAGAGUUCUAGGUUUCUGUCACUAUUACCUACCAGAAGAUGAGUUUCCAGAGUCCUAUCCCUUUGAUGUUGACAGUAUGAACUUCCCCACUGAUGGUCUCUGCUUUGUUGGACUCCUGUCUAUGAUUGACCCUCCUCGCUCUACUGUUCCUGACGCUGUUUCUAAAUGUCGUUCUGCUGGAAUCAAGGUUAUCAUGGUUACUGGUGAUCAUCCAAUAACAGCUAAGGCAAUUGCAAAAAGUGUCGGCAUCAUCUCAGCAGGAAGUGAGACUGUCAGUGAUAUUGCAGAGCGACUUAAAAUACCUAUUGAGAAAGCUAACAAACGGGAUGCUAAAGCUGCUGUUGUGAAUGGCAUGGAGUUAAAAGACAUGACAUCUGAAGAAUUGGAUGACAUUUUAAAGUACCAUUCUGAAAUUGUGUUUGCCAGGACCUCCCCCCAGCAGAAGCUUAUCAUUGUAGAGGGUUGCCAGAGACAGGGUGCAGUUGUUGCUGUGACAGGAGAUGGUGUCAAUGACUCCCCUGCUCUGAAGAAAGCUGACAUUGGAGUUGCCAUGGGAAUUACAGGAUCUGAUGCUGCUAAGAAUGCUGCUGACAUGAUCCUUCUAGACGAUAAUUUUGCUUCGAUUGUUACUGGAGUUGAAGAAGGUCGCUUGAUAUUUGACAACCUGAAGAAAUGCAUUGCCUACACUCUGACCAAGAACAUCGCUGAACUGUGCCCCUUCCUCAUUUACAUCAUUGCUAGCUGCCCACUCCCCAUUGGCACCAUUACCAUCCUGUUCAUUGAUUUGGGUACUGACAUUAUACCAAGUAUCUCAUUAGCUUAUGAAAAAGCUGAGAGUGACAUCAUGAACAGAAAGCCAAGAAGAAAGUUACAAGACAGACUCGUGAAUGCAAAUCUGGCUAUAUAUUCAUAUGCUCACAUAGGUAUAAUUCAGUCAGUUGGAGCAUUUUUAUGCUAUUUCACUGUGCUUGCCCAACAAGGUUACCUUCCAUCCAGGGCAGUUAACAUCCGUGUGUACUGGGAAAAUGUCAAUGAUCAUGAGUUGGAGGACAGCUAUGGACAAGAAUGGACAUAUAGGCAGCGUCAGUUGUUGGAAUGGGCUUGCUACACUGCCUUCUUCAUCAGCAUUGUCAUUGAGCAGCUUGCAGACUUGAUUAUUCGCAAGACCCGAAGGAAUUCACUUUUCACUCAGGGACUCUUGAGGAAUAAAGCUCUGUUGAUAGGUCUCGCUUCACAGAUUGCUAUUGCCAGUUUUCUAUCAUACUGCCCCGGUAUGGCUGAGGCACUGCACUUUGUACCACUUAGAGUUCAAUACUGGUUCGUAGCCACUCCAUAUGCAAUCUUGAUUUGGGUAUAUGAUGAAGUACGCAAGCUUAUCUGCCGCCGUCAUCCUGGAAGUUGGUAUGAACAGAAUAUGUUCUACUGAAGCUGUUUGCUAUUAACUCUGACUUUUGUGAGUUUCAAACUGCUACCAGCUGUGGACACGGAUCUACAAUCGUGCCUGAAGAUUACUUUGCUGUUGUUGAAUUCAGAUGUUUUCAUUUUUUAUGUUCUCAUACUUUAAAAUUUUGGGUGGUCAUGACAUAAAAAAUGCUUCAGACAUUUUAGUAAU